CAAAACAGAACUUUGAAAAAAAUUAAGACAGGUGUAAAUGUAAAGUCGGUUGUUAAUCCUCAUCUACUUUGCUGUUCCACCAACAUCUGUCCCUGAAUCAAUAAUUUCACAAUAAAAUUCUUAAGUCGUCGACUUAAAAUGUACCAUACCCCAACAAGACGUCCAUCAAGUGCCCCCGAAGAAUUCCACACGCCCCUAACUUUUAGUAAAGAACUCAAACAAGUGCUCAACGAACGGAAUCUUCUCACAGCAAAAACACGAAAAAGAGUUUGUUCCUUAUUGGAUCGCAUAACACCAGAUAAAAACAAUGGCUUUGACCGCCGCCAGAGUUUCCGUCAACAAGCCAUCCAAGAAAUCAUCAGCUCGGAGAAAGCCUAUCUCAAGCAAUUGGAAAUACUCAUGGAAUUCUUUGUUGUUCCUCUGAAGACUCAGGAAAUCCUCAGCGAUAGUUGUCACACGGCGCUUUUUGGUCAAAUUGAAAUGAUUUACAAUCUAAAUGGCGAACUUCUGAAGGAAAUCGAAAAGAAUCAGGAUAAUGUAGCUGAGGCUUUCCUGAAAAUGGCACCUUUCUUCAAGCUAUACUCUGUGUACGCCUUCGACUAUAAGAACUCUUUGUUGAUUCUUCAAGAUUUCACAAGCAAAGAUCCAGUUUUCAGAAAGUUCCUUGAAAAUGCCGAAUCACGUCCUGAGGUUCAGAGGAAAUUGAAUUCUCUUAUGAUUGCUCCCAUUCAAAGGGUUCCCCGCUAUAAGUUGUUGCUGGAACAGGUCCUACUCUACACCAGUCCAGCUGAUGUAGAUUUUAAGCUGUUAAAAGAAUCAGUGAAGUUAGUUGAGAGUACAGUGUCUCACAUCAACUCUGUCAUUGAGGACCAAGAGGUCACCCAGAGACUGUUGAAUAUUCAGAAUUCUCUUGUAAAUCGCACCCCCAACAUUGUGAAACCAAGUCGAAAAGUCAUCAAGGAGGGAAUCCUGAAUAAAGUGAACCGCAAAGGAGAUGAAAUCAAGCGCUACUGUGUCCUGAUGUCAGACAUAUUCAUGUAUUGCAAGAUAUUGAAGGAUCGUCCUAAGGACACUGUGGUAGAGAACUCCCUCGAGUGUUGCUGUAUCUUUCCAUUGAAGAAGUGUAAGGUCUACGAGAUGUUUCCAGGGAACUUCAAAAUUACCUGCCAAGGAGACGGAAUCAUCCUCUGCACAAGUGAUUUAAAUCUGGGAAGGACAUGGGUUGGUUUCAUUAAAGAUGCCAUCGAAUUGCACAUCAUCUGCAGAAAGACGCUUCGAAAGGAAUCAAGCAAAAGGACACCAAUUAGAAAGAAAGACAUAAAAUACUUCGACUCAGACUUUCUCGUGAGCCCAAACAAACGCAAAUGUGAUUAUGAAAGUGUAUUCCGCAACAAACGCAGCACAGAUUCGGAUGACAGUGAUGGGAAAUCCUCUUGUUUUGGUCGCUUCAAAGAAGUCACCAACAACUUGAAGAGAUCAAAGGACGAACCGUAUCUCCCAGUUUACACCAAUUCUCUGUCGAAAGCAAAAAACAGCCUUGUAACAGAUAAAAUUUCAGCAUGUCCACCAAGACGUCGAAGUAUUCUCAAGAAAACCAAACCAAUUGUAAUCAAAAAAGAUGAACACGACCCAACCUACGGAUUUGCAACUCACUUUAACGAUUCCGAGUCGUAUUUCCGUGCCCAAAAAGUGGAUUCGACCAUUCCAACAACAGUAACUCGCCAGGAUUUUUUCAAUGAGACAUCUGCCGAUGGCGAAGGGAAUUUAAAGGACAUACUCUUCCCUCUACGAACAAGUGGAGGAAGCAACAAAAGCGGCAGCACCGGAUGGAUGGCCACCAGACGAGGAAAAGAAAAUCGUUCAUGUGCUGAAUCUGGAGCAUCGCCAAGGAAACGCGUUAAAUUUGAUGAUUUACAGCAGACUUCAUAUUCCAAGCUUGCCAAAGCCGAGCCGUAUAAAUUUUCAAAUAAUGUAAUUAUGGGAAAGAAUUCUGGGCCAACACCAGCGGCUGCUCCCCUGCAUGAGCGGAUUAUCGACUUUUUUGUAAAACUAUUUUAAACUUGCCUUUAAUUUACAACUUAACUUUGAUUUGUUUUAUUUGAUAUUUUAAGAAAUAUUUAAUGUGUGUACCUAUUUAUGUUUUUUUUCUCUUGUAUUCUCUCUGUCGUAAUUUUAUUUAA